AUGCUGGACACUACCAAGAUCCCUGGAACCAGCAAUUGGCUGGAGUCUUCUGAAAUAGUGAAGCUCCCCGUCCCUUCAGACGACCCCGACGACCCUCUCAACUGGAGCUAUCGCCGAAAGGUGCUCUGUAUGGCAUGUAUGAGCGCUUUCACCCUCUGCUCCGGAGUGGCCUCGGCGUCCAUCUACUCCAUUCUGGUGCCUAUUUCUAAAGACUCGGGACUUCCUUUGGCGACUCUCAACCAGGGCACAGGCUACAUGUUUUUGUUUCUCGGCCUGGGCUGUCUAGUAUGGCAGCCUCUGGGCCAACAGUACGGCAAACGACCCAUGUACCUGGCGUCUCUGCUGUUGACGCUAGCGUCCCAGGUCUGGUCGGCCCACGCUGCCACCUCCAACGGCCAUUGGAUCGGCUCAAAAAUCUUCCAGGGCUUCGUGCAGGCUCCAAUCGAGUCGCUAUGCGAAGUGACCAUCUCCGACGUGUGGUUUGAGCACGAGCGCGGCCGCUGGGUCGGUUUAUACGCCUUCAUGCUCAUGUUUUCCAACUUCAUUGCUCCCGUGGUUGCGGCUCCGAUUGCCGUGGGCCAGUCUUGGCCCUGGGUGCUGUAUUGGGAAGCCAUCUUUUGCGGAGUGGUGUCGGUGAUUCUCUUCUUCUUCUUUGAAGAGACCAACUACAACCGACACACCAAGGCCGCAGUGAUUGUGACAGAGGGCAACUCCGAUAUCAACUCCGACUGCGAAGUGACCGAGGUCGUCAACACCGAGCUGGCAGAGAAGAAGGGGAGCUUCCACGAAGGAAGCAGUGUCGAAAACGGACAUGGAGACUUGAUUCACUACUCCAAGAAGACCUAUGUGCAGAAACUAGCAUUGUUUGAUAAACCCCGGCCGAUGAUGUUGUGGACCAUGUUCAAGCGACCGUUCAAACUGCUUCUUUUCCCAGCCAUUGUGUACUCGGGCUUUCUCUACGGCAGCUCCCUGGUCUGGUUCAACGUGCUCAAUGCCACCGCUUCUCUUAUUCUGUCCAGUCCCCCCUAUAACUUUGGCACCAUCUCUGUCGGUCUGUCGUACUUUUCUCCCUCAAUUGUGGCCGGAAUUGCGGGUUGGGGAGGAGGAUACAUGUCUGAUAUUCUGAAAAUGUACCUUGCUCGUCGCAAUAAUGGCGUUUCCGAGCCCGAACAUCGACUGUGGAUUCUGGUCGUCUACCUGGCUCUAGUUCCUGGAGCCCUUGUUCUGUGGGGAGUUGGAGCCGCCACUCAUGUGCACUGGUUCGGAUUGAUCAUGGCUAUGGGGCUCAUUGGAGGCUGUGGAACGCUGGCCGCUACUGCGUCUGUUUCCUAUGCCAUUGACUCGUACCGAGAAGUGGCUUCAGACUCCAUGGCCACCGUGAUUGUCAUUCGAAACCUCAUGAGUUUUGGCAUCGGAUACGGCAUCACUCCGUGGCUGGCCAACCAGGGCUACGGAAAGACGUUUGGAGAAGGCGCGGGUGUCUGUGCGGGAUGUGGGCUGGUGUUUCUUGUUUUUGUGGUCUACGGUAAGAAACUGCGGGACUUGACCAAGGAGCGAUACUGGAAGUUGGUUCAGGAGAGUAUCGACAAUGGUAUUGCCCAUUAG